ACUUUCAGUUUCAAAUCAUGUUUAAAACUGUUGUUCUGAUCUCCAGUGAUGACCUCAUCAAUGACCUCAUCAAUGACCUCAUCACUGAGCCACAGAACCAACAACGCUGCUCUGACUCUGAGUCCCAGCAGAUCUCAGUUCUUUGAAGGAGAAAAGGUUUCUAUGAUCUGCUCUGCUGGAUGGACUGUGAGGAGAAACACGACCACAGACACCAGGACUGAGUGUGAGGACUGGGGGGAACCAGCUGGUUCCUCCUGUGAGGUCAGUCACAUCUUCCCAUUAGACUCUGGUGUGUACUGGUGUGAGUCCACAUCUGGAUCCUCCCCCAGCAGCAGCAGCAGCAUCCAGCUCUCUGUCUCUGGUGGAUCAGUGAUCCUGCAGAGUCCUGUCCUCCCUGUGAUGGAGGGAGAUGACGUCACUCUGAGCUGCAGAGCAAAGAGUCCAGCCCACAACCUCCCAGCUGCUUUCUAUAAAGAUGGCUCCUUCAUUGGYRAUGRRYCWUCAGGUCACAUGACCCUCCUCCAUGUCUCCAGCUCUGAUGAAGGCCUCUACCAGUGCAGCAUCAGCGGUCAGGAUGGAGAGUCUCCAUCCAGCUGGAUCUCUGUGGAAGGCUCAGCGCCCCCUGCUGACCGGCUUCCUCUACUCCUCCUGUCCAUUCUGGUUCCGGUCGGUUCUGUUCUGGUGGUACUGGUUGUAAUGGGGAGACGAUGCGUUCAGAGGAAGCUCCGAGCUGCAGAGAAAGAUGGCGUCACCUACAGUGCGAUCCGGAUCAGCACGGAGCCACCAGACCGUCUCAGAACAGGUUCUGGUCCAGACACCGUCUACACCGAGGUGAGGAGGACCGGUUCUGGCCCGGUCGGACCCAGAGGAGCCAUCAGCUGCUGAUCUUCACCAAACUGAACCUGGAGGCGGGCCUGAAGCCGUUGACUCAGCUGUGACAUCACUUCCUGUCGCAGUGAAAGGAAGUGAUGUCACAGCUGAGUGACAGGAAGUGUCAAUGGGCUCAUUGACCCAGAAUGUAGCAGAGGUUCUGUUGGACCUUCAGCAGAUUUUACAGCUUUAACACUUAGAGCAAGAAAAUUAUCAGUUUUAUCUUUUUAAAUUUUUAUAUUUUUUAAGUUAUUCCAGUUUCCUUUGUUUUUAUUUAAGGUGGUUUCUAUGUUUCUGCAGGAAGUGAUGUUCAGCCC